CCCGAAACGCUUGUGCGAAGCAUCUCCCACUCUGAAUCUUUGUUCUCUUCUUCAUCUCUUCCCAUUUUAAAGAGCAUAUUAUAUUCUGGAAAAGAUCUAUAGCAUAUCUCAUAGAGCUGGACGACCGUCUGUGAUACUCAGCUGCGGUUAACAACCUUCGUUCCACUGUUGCCACCCACAAGGGCAAGACAGGUGACUAGCGUCGACCGUUACUUGGGGUGACUCAGACAAGCAUUGUCGUUUCGCCACUGCCUCCUGUGAUAUCCUGUCAAAACUGAGUACAGUGGAUAACCAGUGUAUUUUCCGUCCCAUCUCAUCUUUAGACGCAUUUUGGUCAGAAGCAUAGACCGAUCAUGCCAACGAUAAGCACUAACGUAUCCCCUCCCACUUCGAUCACUUCCCUCCCAUCCCCUACUUCCGCAUCGGACGACGAGUAUUCAACUCUUUCCGAGUCAUGGAUGGAAGUCGAAACUUCUUCUUUGGGUCCUUCUACCUUUGAUGGUCUCAGCGAGUCAAGCUACGACUUGCAUGAUCAUGAUUCUCGUAGUGAAGCUUCGAGCUUUGACGAGACUUCGAAUGAUGAGCGGGAAGGCACACAUUAUGACGAGAACAGGAUGGAGGCUGAAGAUGCUGAAACGCCUUCCAUUUCUUUUAUGGGCGGCUCCUACGACUUGGCGAGCAGCAAGCUUGGUUCUUCUGUAGAUACUAUUCAACAAGGUCUCGACUCUAUGUCUUCAUCGCAGGUUCGACUCAUCUUUCCUGAUCCCGGAUUGUCCUUCUCAUCGCAGGUCGUCUCUGAGGCUGAUCGUACGACAUUCAGUUCGUCGAGGCCCCUACGCUCUCGGGCUGAGACGACCACUGAGUCAGGCAAAGUGGAAAACCCCCAAGCAGAAAGGCGAAGCUCGAGCCCUAUCAGCCGCUCUAGUGAAGCGUGGGAAAGGUCAAGCAAGCUUUGGGCUCCAGAGGGCUUCUCAAAGGCAGACUAUCAAUUAUUGCAGAGUACAGAGUCUUUUGAAAAGUUGAAGGAGUCUUGUAUGGAGCAAAUUGCUGAUGAGGGUGUGUCGGUUAAGGAGAUGGCAAUGAUCGAGAGCGCCGAAGAGACAGAGGCCGACGCGACUGUCGUUCAAGAGCCCAAGGAAGGUAUUUCUUCGGAAACACCUCUUCCCUCUCAGCUCUCCCAGCCAACUAGGAGGUGGUCGGGCCGAGUAUCCAUGCUUGCUUUUCUCGGUCUUAUGUCUGCCAUUUCAGUCGUUCUCUUCAACACUUACGGUUUCAAGGUCCUUCCCGCCUUCCGACAAGCUAACUCGAUCCUUUCUAAUCCGCUUCCCGCGGCUUCAAACGCUGCCGCCAAACCUUCUCAGUCCAUGUGGGACCCGCUUUCCCUCUCACACCUCUUUACCUCAUCCUAUUCGCGUACUCUUUACCAGCCGGCGUCGACAGGGUCCGUUUCUGGAGUGGCUGACCUAAAGCUUGUCAAGCAAGCACUCUCGACGCUGCAUACAGUACAAAGCAGAGCUCACAAUGCUCUGCAUGCAAGCACAACAGGAUCUAAUCGAGGUGAUCGGAAGCAAAAAAAGACGGAAGGUGAGCAUGCCCAAACGUCGCCGCUGGCUGUUGCCGUUCGGGACCGCGAUACUUCGUUGAGUGUGAGGGCUUCAAAGGCUCUGGUUAUGACCAGUGGACCUAUCUCGCAAGCAAGCAAAUGGACAAGGAAAUUGAUGGGUGCAAACCACACCGAAUUCAAGAUGUGCAAAGAGCGAGCUCAAGUGGGUAACUGCACCUGCGACCUCUCAACAUACUACCUCACCCAAGUAUAUCCCAAGAUCAUUCGCUCGUACACCCAGUCCAAAUCUAUGGCUGUAGCAACAGUCACCCGUAUCUCUCAACUUGUAUUGCAAGAAUUCAGAGAACUUCAACUCUUUGCUUCUCAUGUUGGUCAAACUAUCCAGGCAGCCUCCAGUCUCAUGCUCUCACGAGCUACUCGCGGAGCCCAGAUACUUAAGUCAUCCCUCCAACCACUUUACCAGCGCUUCACUGCUUCUCGUCGAAAACUCAGUUACACCACCACGACCAAUGUGGUCAAAACUAAAGAAACGCUGGACCAGUUGGCAGAAUAUGUCGAGACAAGGUUUGAUGGCUUAUCGGAGAUGAUUGAUCGCCAGGCAGAAGAUUUACAGCGCCAGGCUGGGCAGAGUAUCCGGAAAGCCAAAAAGGGGUUGAACAGACUUAUACGGGAUGCUCAUCCUGACUCUCAGCCAAAGAGUCAAAUAAGGAAAGAGAAGAUGAAGGGACAGGCCGUGAAUCCCAAGAAGGAUGGCCGAUUAUGUUUCAAAUCGCGGAAGACUACAUGGGGAAAGAGUGGGAGGAGGAGACGAUAAGGGUUUGAGGGAUUUUGAGGGAUCUAAUGAGGCAUUCCUUGUUGGCCGCUGCAGGAGAGUGUCUUUUACUCGUAAGUGAUCGCCUCCCCCCGGGGGACAGCGCCAAAAUAGAGUGAGCGGUUAACUCGGAGACCAAGCCUUAUCGAUAAGCCUUGGUCCCCAUUUCUUACCUGCUUCGUAGUGUUUCUCUUACCGGUUUGUAAAUUUGUAACUUGUUUUUCAUUGUAUAUGUUUUGAAUCGCUCUCGACCCACAUUAUCCGGACCCGGCACUACGAUACCGCUUUCUGUCAUGUCGCCACGGUUUAUCAUAGCGCGUAUUGGUUGAACUGGCUGGUUCUGAGGAGGGGACGGCAUUAUGUUUGUCUCUAUUAAAUGCCGUGCGAUGCUGUUAGAUAGUGCUUUCCUGUUUAUUCCUGUCGUUGUUGAUAUGCAGUA